AUGGCCUCCCAACCAGGAUCGCCGCCCACAUCCACCAUGACACCUCCGACACCAGAAUGCAACGUGGAAGUCCGACCAUCAGCGAUCGCAGGCAACGGACUCUUCGCAACCAAAGAUAUACCAGUAGGCUCUACGAUUCUGCUCAAAGCUCGCCCUUUGAUUGGCGAACUGGACUUGCCACGGUUGCAGGAUUCGUGUGCGAAUUGUUUUCUGUUUUCGCAGAAGGCCAUACGGGCAUGUUCUAUACACGCUACAGAAGCCGAUCGCUUGAGUCGCUUUCCUGACUGUUCUGGUUGUCAGCACGUGGGUGAAAUGUUGGGUGUCAAGGCUUGUACUGGUUGUAAGAAGGUGAAAUAUUGUAGUAAGGCUCACUUGUGCAACAUAGNNGUUUGUCAAAAGCAGGCUUGGACCAGAUAUCACAAACGCGAAUGUAGGCUACUCAGAGACCCGGACCUUCCGCCUCUGCCAAGUGCUGUACGAGCAGCAUUGCAAUUAGCUUGUCUCAUGGACAGCGAUGCCGUAUCUGAAGAAGACAAGGCAGGUGUGCGUCGCCUUGAAGCCCAUGAUUCGUCCACAAUCGAACAAUUUAGAGAAGUUAUGCAGUAUGAAGUGACUGUCGCUGCGGCAAGAGAUCUCUUUGCCCGCCUCAGCCCUGAUGAUCAUGAUGGCCACAAAAUUCGCGAAUACGUUGGAAAAAUUCUUCGUAAUUCGUUGACACUCACCCUCCCCACUCUCGAACCCGUGGGUGUUGCUCUCGAUCCAAUUGUAUGCUCAGCAAAUCAUUCUUGCGAGCCGAACGCAAGUGUUCUUUUCGAUCAACCCAGACUCAUGAUGCGCUCCUUGUCGCCGAUCAAGAAAGGCCAAGAAGUCUUUAUCUCCUAUGUCGAUAAUACAGACCCCUUUUACCGAAGACAAGCGCAGUUGACGAUCCGAUACUGCUUUGAGUGCCAAUGCUCCAAAUGCCAACUUGGCAUUAAUGGACGAGAAGACGACUGGGCACAACCACUCGAGAACCUCGAGGCUAAAUGGGCCGAUCUUGCCGAACUCAUGGACAGCCACGAGGGUUAUUCUUCUGUUCCAGCAAACUUUUUGGGCGAGAGUAAAGCUGAGUGGAACAUGUCGGUCAUACAAGGCGAUGUGUAUGCCUCUUACGAGCCAAUAUACAACCAAAAGGACAACAAGCUCGCUAUAGAAGCGCUCGAGAAUGUCAUGCGAAUCUGCAAGCAAACGAAUAUGUGGCCCAUCACCAGACAACCAUACGCAAACAUCCGCGUGGACAUCGCUUCUCGCAUGAUAGCCGAAAACCGCCUUUCUCUCGCAAUGUACCAGAUGGCAAAGACAUACUUCCUCAUCGACCCUAUCUUGUAUCCGCAAGAUUUCCACCCAGUCAGAGUGGUACACACAUGGAAUCUAGCAAAGACGCUGGUACAGGCGUACUCUUCACCCCAAGAUCCUCGCGCGACUGUCGACCCCGGCGUGGAAGAGCUUUUCCGGAUGGAAUUUGAUUUCGUGGUUCCCGUGUGGAAGUUGUUGAAGAAGCUUAGUGUGGAUGUGGUCAAAAGUCAUGGAUCGGGGAGUCAUCUUACCUUUAUGGUACACGCGCUCACUCAACAAGUCAGAGAUGGAGUUGGCAUGCAGAAUCUGGUUGAGAUUGAACGAGAUCCUUUGGGUGUGUGGCAGAAGUUCAAGGAUUGGGCACAUUACUUGGAAUACUAG